CAGAUUUCUGUGCACACCAUUAAAGAUCAGGGCAUUGUCAAGUCAUUAAUUUGCCAAUUUGUUUUUUACCAUCCUUGGGGGCUCCAUUUUGUUCUUCCCACCUCAGGUACCAAGCCUCUUGAGACCACCACCUCCAUCCUUCCCACCUCGCUUGGCUACCAUCCAUCACCUGACAAAGAGCAACAAAGGGGACAACAAUGGCAGAAAGAGGCCCACGUCCAGGGCUGACCACCACGACACUCCUCUUCCUGGCGGCCUGCUUGGCCGUGGCUGGCGCGGAAAGUUACCAGAAGUUCGAGAGGCAGCACGUUGACUUCCCAACGACGGAGGCUCCUGACCCCCGGAGCUACUGCAACCUUAUGAUGAGACGCCGUAACCUGGCCACCUCCCACCACUGCAAGCACCUCAACACUUUCAUCCAUGCGGACACCUCCAAGAUCCAACUUGUUUGUGGCGAGGGCGGGGUACCCACCACAGGGGACCUCCGGGAAAGCAAUGCCAGCUUCCCCCUCACGCUGUGCCAACUUCAGAAGGGCUCCUGGGCCCCCGACUGCAGUUACAAAGGGACCGAUAGCACGGAAAGGAUAAUUAUAGCCUGUGAAGGGGGAUAUCCCGUCCAUUUAGAAACUGAAGUCCCAGCUGAUGUGGGGCAGGAGGACCUGUGAUGUGUGGAGCCAGGAAAAACAAUCCAUGUAUUUCUCUCUCUAU